AUGCAUUUCAAGACUCUUACUUCAUCCGUUGCCCUCCUUUUGUUCUCUUCUGCCAUCAAUUGCAGCCCUCUGCUCGAGGAGAGGACCGACGGUACCGGAUGCAACGCAGAUAAUUGUCUUCGAGCCCUUCGCAGGUUUAGUGUGGAAGCCAUCCCCUUCUGCAGUGCUUAUAUCUCGGUGCCCGUCAUUACUACUGUUGUAGCUACUACUACUCCUGUUAUAACUGUCACCAGCUAUGCUACAAUAACCUCUCCGGUGGUGAACAGGCGUGCUGCAGCUACCCUUGCUGCUCGCGAGGAAGUCGAAGUAGCGGCGGAGAGUGUGAUAUUCGCACUGGAGGAAGGAGCAGGUGUUAUUGAGCGCCGCGAAAUCGCAAUUCCAUCCUUCGUGUCUGAGUACCCUGCGUCUCGUAUUUCGAGCGCUUGCUCUUGUAUGCCGAUUGUGACCGCCACUACAUCUGUCACCUCCACCGCACCCACUGCAACUGCCACUAGCACAGCUACCGUGACUGUAGACCCCCGCAGCAAAUGCGAGGUCGCCUAUGCAACCUCUGGAAACGGUUCAGGAAACCAUAUCGAGAACGUAAAGGCUAGCGGUCAUUUGGAUUGCUGUCAAAAGUGCCAGAAUAAGUUAAAUUGUGUGGCUAGUGCGUAUCUGGGUAUAGUUGGGAUUUGCCAGCACUUGGUCAACGUGAAGACGGUACCAUAUGAAUCAGUUUCUGAUAUGUGUCCGUUGGGCUUGGAGAAUUAUAGUUUUGGGAAGCCAAGCUCGAAGGGAAUUGUGUACCCUGGUCCAUGUGGAUUCUAG